AUGGACAACGAUGAGGUUGAAAAACCUUUAAAAUCUGUAGAUAUAGAUUCUUCCAGUAUUGGUUCUGCAAGUAUUAAUAAAGAAGAUAGUGAAAAAUCAAAGAGAAAAUCCUCGUCUUCAUCUAAAAUUAGUUCCAAUAUCGCUGAAGAUGGGAAAAAUACUUCAAGCAAGAAAUCUCCCAGAGAAUCGAUUACAAGUAAAUCGAGUAAAACCCUCGACAAUACCGACAAAGAUGAUAAUGUCAGUGUAUCUGGAAUCAAAAAUUCCUCUACUGUUGACGGCCAAUCUCCAGAGGAAAUAACGUUGAUAUCCACUGACACAGACGACAAAGAAAAUUUGAAAGAGAAUACAGAAACAGCCCAAACCAAACCUGAAGAUACGAAAAAAGAAUCUUCAAGUUCAUCGAGUGAAAGUGGGGACAGUGAUGAAAAAAAUCAGGAAUGUUUACAAAAUGCGCCAAGUGAUGCGGAAUCCGUUCAACACGAGAAUAAAGAGAACACAGCUGUUUCAACUGUAGAAUCAAAUCCAGCCAAGCCAAUUCCGACAGAUGCUGCGAAAGAAACAGAGCAAGAAACAAACGAAAGUAGCAGUUCAUCCGAUUCUGAAAAAUCAUCUGACUCAUCUGAAAAAGAAGAUAGAGGAAAAAAUGUUAAAAAUACAGAACCAGGAGCCUCUAUCUCUAACCCAACUUCCGAUGUUGGUGACAUAGCAGUACCACAAGAACCAGGAAGCGAAACUACUGGGGAUCCAAAACCAUCCGAAGUUGUCAAAAAAGAAAGAAAAGAUUCAGAGAGUAGUUCCAGUUCUGCCUCAAGUAAAGAAGUUCAGGAAGUAAAAAGCGAAAAGAGCGAGGAAAACAAAGCUAUACCUGUCACAUUGGAUUCUUCUCCAACUCAAAAUGAAAACGUUGAAGAAAAGGCGGAAGAAACUGAAAGUCAAUCUACAAAAAAUAAAGAUUCAAGUUCUAGCAGCGACGACGAAGAUAAAAAGUCUCAUCAUAGCAGUACUUCAGCAAAACAAGCCGAGACACCAAAAACAGAUGAGAGAAAUGUUGAAAAACAUGAGCGAAAAGUUUCGUCUCGUAAAUCUUCAGUCAAUAACGAACAAGCUGAACUAAGUCAAAAUAAUAGUAGGCCGUCAAGCUCGUCAUCAAGUAGUAGUAGCAGCUCGGAUGAUGAAAAAAAGUCUCAUAAGAGAUCUCGUAAAAGUUCCACUAAAGAUGAACAGAGUACAACAAUCAAGGAAGAUCAAGAACAAAAAUCUGAAUCAAAAAAUCCUAAUCUCAGCCCGACAGCUUUGAGUAACUUAGAUCUACCUCCGCGAAGGCAGCUUAGUUUUGCGAAGACGGUGAAAAAUAUAAUGUCAGGAAAACACCUCCCAGAUCAUCUUAAGAUUCGUCACCAAGCUAGAUUUGCUAUUGGAUACAUGGUGAGAGCAUUUUUUGUCUUUAUUUAUUUUUGCUUCAAUUGUAUUGCAUAG